AUGCUACAGUCUCAGUCUAUUCGAAGAAAACUAGUCGUUGUUGGUGAUGGUGCAUGUGGAAAAACGUCUCUGCUGUCAGUAUUCACUUUAGGUUAUUUUCCUACGGUUCCUACCGUGUUUGAGAAUUACGUUUCGGAUUGUAGAGUGGAUGGAAAAUCCGUCCAGCUAGCAUUGUGGGAUACAGCUGGUCAAGAAGAAUACGAACGUUUACGUCCAAUGUCUUAUGCCAAAGCACACAUUAUUCUUAUAGGUUUUGCUAUUGAUUCUCCGGAUUCCUUGGAAAACGUUUCUACGAAGUGGAUUGAGGAAGUUAAUACACUUUGCCCUAAUAUACCUUUCAUUCUCGUUGGCAUGAAGGCGGAUUUAAGAACCGAUCCAGGCGCAAUUGAAGAAAUGCGGCGGCGAAAUCAAAACUUUGUUAAACCACAGCAAGCUGAGAUUGUUGCACAAAGGAUUGGCGCAAGAAAGUACAUGGAAUGUUCCUCUUUGACAGGUGAUGGCGUAGAUGAUGUUUUUGAGGCUGCAACUCGUGCUGCCUUAACAGUACGCGAUUUGGAAAUGGAUAAAAGCUCUACAAAAUGCUGCGUUAUUGUUUAG